GUCCUUGGAAACAAAAGCUCAUUUUACCGGGGCAGACAGUUGAUGUAAAGACACUUCAUGAACACAUUUAUUUUGUUAUGAAAAAAAGUGACAUUUGUUCCUGCCGCCAGGACACCCAACCCCAACAAGGCAAUGACAGACCAUUUAAACUGCCUGAUGCCCUUCCAGACAACCAGAGGAUACUGUUUAAACGAACAGCUUAUUGCGGAGGUGGGGCUCAACCAGGGCCAGGGAGGAAGUUGGAGUCGAGAGGUCGACCAGACAGUACUGAUGAGAUAUCUGAAAUACGGCCUAAUGCUAGCUCCAACAUCUGUACUGGGAUUCAGAUAGACAUUCGUUGUAGCAGGGGAACAGACUCUGUAGAUGAAUGGUCAGAUACUGGCACGAAUUGUAGGGCUAAUACGAAAGCUGACAACAGUGGAAAUGGCAAUUGGAUAGAAAAUGUGAACAGUAAUGUUGGUGGAAGGCCCGGCAUCAGUUAUGCAAACAAAAGUUUUCUCGGGAGUCGAUCAGAUCAUAAGACAAGUAUUUCAGACUUUUGCUUGAGAAAUCGUCCUAAAUGUCGGACCAUGACAGCUGAGAAUGAGAUGAAGGUACAGUAUAUGUUUCUGAAGGAGCAGUAUGGUCGGAUCUGUGAGAAGGAGUCACUCCUUAGAAACCAAAUGGCCCUGCUCCAAGCAGAAAUCAUCUUGAUGGAAACCAAAGCUUACCACAAGAGUCCUGCAAACGUGAGGAGAAUCACCAUUGACCCUAUACCUAUCAGGCGGGUCAGGAAUAAGGCCAGGAAGGUCCCCUCAGUUACCACACUGCGCCUAUUGGCCAUCAAGGUGGACCCAAAGGUAUCUCCGGGGAGAUAUUUUACCACGAAAGCAACCAAGGCUACCAAUGAUAGUAAGAUACCAGACAUAAAGAAAGGCGAAGUUUCCAAAGCAGAAAAUAUUCCAAAUCCACCAAGUGGAGAAAAACAGACACAAGAAAACCAGAGGCCAAAUAAUGUACCAGAUAUCAAAAGCUACGAAACUGGAGAGGUAGUGAAUAGGUGUUUCUACUUUGACAUUCCCCUGGCAGUGGUAGCGCCUCCCUACACAAAGCUGGUCCCGGAGAAAGUCACCAGGCACAGACUGCCCAAACUUAACCUACCAAAGAUCAACACCAAGGGCACAAAGAAAGCACCACAUCUGGUGGCACAAUGCAACAAUACUUAUCAGUGACCCAAUGUUUGACAGUGACAAAAUCUGUUGAAGAAAUCAACUGUUUCCCUUGUUCAAGUCAGUGUCAUAUCAAUAUAAAUCAAUAUAAUGUUAAGUAAUAUCAUACAAAAACCAUUGGAAG